CGUGCGGCACGAUGAGCACGCGCUCAUCUAUUUCGGUGCUUUGAUUUGGCUUUGAUCUAAGUAUCAAUCAACAAUCGAGCUCUAGCUCGAUCAGCGGACAGCGUGCACGAGGAUGGCGCCUAACGAUCUUGAUUUGCGUAUGCAGUCCCCUCGCCCGGAAACGCCUGAGCCAUCGUCCAAGCAGGGCAGGCGAAACGCCCAGCUUGAUGCCCAGUUGCUUGACGCUGACGGCGCAAUUUCUGACAAGCUCGAACGCUGUCUUCGUCAUAUUUUCGCCAAGUAUUGUACGCCAUGUCCAGCGCGCCCCCCAAAGCACGACUCUACGACUCUCCUCACGCCUCCUGGUGAUGCAAUUCUUGACGCCGCAGGGCUUGACGCUUGGGCUCAAGACACGAAUGGCGCACCGUUUAGCGAAGAGACCAAAGAGGAGCUCAGAGAGUUUUUGGACGUCACCGAGGAAGGCGAGCUGACGUUCAAAGGCUUCGCGCAGAUAUACCAGCUGCAAACUGAGAAUGACGAGGAAGAAACAUGGAGAGAUCUGGUACGUGCAUAGAUUUCUUUUCUCUCUUAUGCUCUUUGUUCUGCCAGCACCAACGACAUUUCGAUUCUGUUUCAUUUCACUAUUCCUCGCAUUCUGUUUCCACCCUCUCGGACUUUCAUGUUGGCCACUCUGCGUAAAGGGAUAAAAUCGACUCAACCCUGCAU